AUGGCCAAAGCAACAUACGCACCCUCCACCUUCUCCGAGACCUCGACCAUCUGCUCCUUUGAAAAGGAAUCCUUCGAAAAGGACCCCGCUGUGACAGUAGCAGCGGCAGCACCCGCCGUCAAGGAACGCCGCUCCCUCCGAUCAAGAGUCAAGAAGGCCCUCCGCGAGGUCGGAAACCCGCCCACCUACCGCUACGACCUCGAGCACGGCAUCGAGACCAAGAGAACGGUGCCCGUCGGCCCCAUGGGCUACAAUGUUCUCAACCAGCCCUCGCGCAUGUAA